UGUAAACACAUGGUUUGUUUGUUGUCCAGUUAGGUAUAACCUCAAAACUUGAUUAAAUUUGAUAUGGUUUUAGAUUGCCUUGUGUUUUGAAAUACUAUAGCAAUAAGGAUAUUUGUAUUACUUUUAUUGUUAAUAUUUUAUUAGGUAUAAUGCAGAACAAUGUAUCAUUUAUUAAAUCUGUUCAUAAAAAACUCCCGAUUACUUCAGUUAGAUUUUCUGAUAAGUAUGUCUUAGCUGGAAUUGGAGGUGAUUUGUGUAUGUAUGAUACUGAAACGAGUACUGUUAAAAUGCAAAUCAAUGUUCUUGAUAACAUUACAAUUCAUGGAAUUUGUCAGAAAAAAGAAAAUAACAUUAUGUGUGUUUUUGGAGGAACACAUAUUGCAAUUUUAGAUACUAACCUCAAAUCAUCUGUGAUACGGUUGAAAUCAAUACAUAAGUGGAAAGUAAAAGACUGGAUUUUGUGCAGUGAGUGGUUGAAAGACACAACCAAGGCACAACUGGUUACUCUUUCUGCUCACAAUCAAUUAUCAUUGUGGGAUCCCUACUCAGGAAGUAACAUCACUACAGUGACGUGUACUGAACAAUGCAUUUUAUAUUGUGGUUCAUUAGUAAUGUGUGGAGAUAAGUGGACCGACGUGGUGGUGAUAGCAGGCACUGUGUUCCAGCAGAUCAUUGUCUGGGGAGUGGGAGACAACUCCACAUCAGACAGACAAGUCGUGCACAGGUUGUCCGGACAUAGAGGUGUAAUAUUCUCAGUGGUGUAUAAUGAACAGUUACGGUUAAUCUCGUCUACCUCAGAUGACAGAAGUAUCCGAGUGUGGUCCAUCGUCUCAGCCAGUAGCCAGUCAACUCUCUCUGUAGAUGACUGGAAGAGUGCUUCUGUGACACUUAUCCUCACAGUGUUUGGUCACACUUCCAGAGUCUGGCAGAGCUGUAUAUUGGCUGACAAGAAAAUCAUCAGCUGUGGAGAAGAUUCAACUGUGAGCCUGUGGCAGGAACACGGAGAAUGUGUUUCACAGCAGGAGACCCACCAGGGUGGUGGAGUGUGGUGCAUGGAUGUGAAGGAGAUUUCGGGAGAGGUAAUUGUGGUAACUGGAGGGGCAGAUGGAGGUAUCAGUGUUUGGUCCGUAGACACUGCCCCGCCCCAAAGUCUGCCCCUACCAGUCCCACCUGAAACUCCUCGUCGAAUAGCCUUACUCAUGGACCAUCGCCCACUUGUCACCACAGAGGCAGGAAAACUCCUGCUGUAUGCCAACGACUCUUGGAGCACAGUCUUCUCUGACACUAGAAUUGCUAAUUACUGCUUGUUGGAGAUGUCACCCUCUCGGUUGCUGAUUGCCUUGGCCUCAAUUAAAGGACACUUAAUCAUAUUGAGAAGUACUGAUUUUGGAGUGGUAUUAGAUAAGCAAGUGGGUGAGGGCAGAAUUUUUUCCUUACAUUGGCUUAGAGAGGACGUUCUACUUUCUUGUCAUGAUAAUGGAAAUCUCUCUGUUUGGAAAAUUCAUAAUACAGAUCUGAAUGAACUCGGGAUGGUGAAUCUGCCAGCCUGCAAGGAACGUUGGACCACAGCAGCUGUUAUGCUGGAUGAUGACGCAGUUGUUUAUGGAGAUAGAGGAGGGAACAUCCACUACUCACCUAUACUGCCACGACAAUCUCACUGCUGUGAUGCAGUAAAGACAGUGUCAAGGGUUCACAGUCAGCUAGGGGUGUGCUCAUUGUGUGUGGUGGAGGGCCAGGUCUGGUCCACUGGUCGAGAUGGCACUGUCAAAGAUGCAGUAAAGGACAGUGUAAGGUUUCACAGUCUCAGCUAUGGAGUCGUGCUCAUUGUGUGUGGUUGGAGGGCCAGGGUCUGGUCAUGUGGAGAUGGCACUGUCAAAUCAUUAAUACAGGUCAACACUCUUGAUGCAGUAAGACAGUGUCAAGGUUCCAGUCCAGGUGGGGUGUGCUCAUUGUGUGUGGUGGAGGGCCAGGAUGCAGUAAAGGACAGUGUCAAGGGGUCACAGACGCUAGGGGGUAGGCUUAUUGUGUGUGGUGGGGGGCCAGGUCUGGCCACUGGUCGAGAUGGCACUGUCUCAAACAUUAAUACAGGUUCCAACACUCUGUACUUGUUAUUAGGAUGCAGUAAGACAGUGUCACAAGGGUUCAAAGUCGCUCGGGGUGUGCUCAUUGUGUGUGGUGGAGGGCCAGGAUGCAGUAAAGUCAGUGUCAAGGGUUCACAGUCAGCUGGGGUGUGCUCAUUGUGUGUGGUGGAGGGCCAGGUUGGUCCACUGUCGAUGAUGGCUCUGUCAAACAUGAAAUACAGGGUCCAACACUCUGUACUUGUAUUAGGAUGCAGUAAGACAGUGUCAAGGGUUCACAGUCAUCUCAGGGGUGUGUUGUGCUCAUGUGUGUUGUGGUGGGAGGGCCAGGAUGCAGUAAAGACAGUGUCAAGGGUUCACAGUCAGCUAGGGGUGUGCUCAUUGUGUGUGGUGGAGGGCCAGGUCUGGUCCACUGGUCGAGAUGGCACUGUUAAACAGUUUUCUGUAUCUCAAUGUGGUCUUACUCUGGUAUCAACUAGUCACCUGCCUAUCAACUGGGCUGCUCAGUUACUUCUCAACCCGGCUGCACUGCUCUGCUUCCAUGAGUCCAGUGUUGUACUGUGGAGCUUGAAGGAGCGGAGAAAGCUAUUAUCCUUGCAGUGUGGGGGUGGCCAUCGCUCGUGGAGCUUUUUGGUGGACAACAAUCAAUUUUGCUUCUCCUACUUAAAAGAUAAAACUGCACACAUUAUCCAAUGUCCAAUGCUCCAAAUUUCAAAGCCUUCUUUAAUGGAAGGUUUCCAUGUGCGAGAGAUCAACAGCAUGGCUCUAGUGAUGGAUGACUGGAUGGUGUCUGGAGGGGAGGAUGGGACCGUGCGGUUGUCUCAUGUGACUGACAAAGGAUGGACCACACCAGCAGUGGCACAUAGUCACUUGUCUAGUGUUCGCACUGUCACUGUCACACGGUUUGGCCACCAGAUACUGCUCUUCUCCGCUGGUGGACGUGCUCAAUUAAAAAUGUGGAAAAUCAACUUAGGUUGUCCAAAGACUGCCUCAUUGACAGAGCAAGCCUCAGUUAUGCUGAGAGAGGAGAGGCGAGGACGACACUGGCUCAACAACUCUCCUGUCUCAGACCCUGAGACUAGAUACAUGGGCCUACACACUAUACAAUCAACCCCAUCAACUCUUCUUGUACUGGCUGCUUGUUCUGAUGCCUAUCUAAGAGUAUUUCGUUUGGAUUCAAUUAAUGGAGAACUGGAAAAAUUGUGGUUGUACAAAAGUGUUAAAAGUAGUCAGUGUUGCAUGUUGAGAGUGACAUCGUUCCGUUGUCAUGUGACAGUAAUUGUGACAACUGCGACAGACGGCAGUGUGACCUUGUGGGAGCUUGACAGUUUAACAGUGUUUGCCAGUGAACGGAUCCAUCAGAAUGGAGUGAACAGUGUGAGUGUGAUCACCGAAGGGUUGGGGGAGGGGAAGGUGUUGCUGGCUACAGGAGGGGAUGACAACAUGUUAUCACUACGAAGCUACCAGUUACACUCACCACUGUCAGUAACUACCACCACAUCCUGGUCCUGUUCCACCCUCCACUCAUCUGUUAUCACUGGUGUGGAGUUAACGAAUGAAUGGCUACUCUGCUGUGGGGCAGACCAGCGAGUCUCACUUCUCACUUGGCUUCUCUCAGAGGACAAUCUCACUGUUAACCUUGUGGCUCAGUACUGCUGUUCAGUGCCAGAUAUCAAGGGUCUCACUAUCCUCCAUCCUGGAAAAUGUGAGGAGUUCACCUUUUGUGUUUAUGGAGUUGGGAUGGAAGUCCUGGAAUCAAAGCAGAUAAAAAGGACCGAGUCACAUUGUUCUUUAUGACAAUAAAUACACUAUUAAAUAAAAAAAGAUAAAUGUGAAUUUUUUUCUACAUUGAUGGAGUGAA